AAUAACGCAGCGGGUGUGUUAUUUGGUUGGCUGCGUAGUGAAUGAGUGAACUGCCGUACCGUCUUUAGCAAAAGCCCGCUGGAUCCCAAUUUAAGAAUUAAGAAAGAGAGAGUAGAGGCAUCGAAUCCAAAACAGCUUCACCUUCUCCUCCAUAGGCUACUUUUGUUUGCUGAGUUUUUGCCCUAGACAACAUGCUUCCUCUUUCUCUGCUUAAAACUGCCCAGGGUCAUCCUAUGUUGGUAGAGCUAAAAAACGGCGAGACUUACAAUGGGCAUUUGGUCAAUUGUGAUACUUGGAUGAACAUCCAUCUCCGUGAAGUAAUUUGUACUUCCAAGGAUGGAGAUAGGUUUUGGAGAAUGCCUGAAUGCUACAUCCGCGGUAAUACAAUUAAGUAUCUUCGAGUUCCUGAUGAGGUGAUUGAUAAAGUUCAGGAAGAAACCAAGAGCCGCUCUGAUCGUAAACCACCUGGAGUAGGGCGUGGCAGAGGAAGAGGUAGAGAGGAUGGUCCUGGUGGGAGGCAAACGAAAGGAAUUGGUCGUGGGCUAGAUGAUGGAGGUGCUAAGGGUCCUGGUGGGGGCCGAGGCAGGGGCGGACCUGGUGGAAAGACUGGUGGUAGCAGAGGUGGAGGUCGAGGCCGAGGUUGAUGUGCUUCUGUAAACCUAAGGGGGAGUCUGCCAUUUUUGAAGGCAUUUUUUGGCCCAUUUUCCAUGUGGAACAUUUAUUUAUCCAAAUCUUUGGCCCGUUAAGUUGGAAUGGUUGGUUUCUAAUAACAAAUGUAUGUAGGCUGUAUCAAAGUACUGAAUGAAUUUAGGGUUUUGUAUGAUGGUUAUUUUAGUCAUUUAUGUCUUUUACCGUGUUGAGGUUCAAAAUUAUGAUAGUUGAUUUUUCCAUUUCAUGAUUUUA